GGCUUUUAGGCCCAAAUCCGUCGUUUGUUUCUUCUUAGUGCUCGUCGUCUUCGUCGUCGUCGUCGACUAAUCCUUCUAAGGAACAGUGUAAAUCUCUGCUUCAAUCUCCGCACUUAUCUUUGUGAAUCAUCCACUUCCUCUUCUACGCUGCAGUUGGAGUUGGAUCAUGCCGGAGAAUCCCUUGGAGUCCUUUUUUCGGGCGUACGAAUCCAUCUCGCGCAGCGUCCAAGUCCAUCUCUCUCGCUUUUUCCUUCCGCCGCAAUCCGACCGUCGCGACCAGCAUUCUCUUUCCGGCGAUACGCGCCGACCUCUAUCCUCCCUCAUAUCGAUUCCUUUCUCUGAAGUCGAUGAAGGAAGCGAACUUUUCCGACCAAAGAAAGAGAUCAAGCCUGCGGGCCCUUUGACCAAGGAAGAACUUGGGAGGGCGACUUGGACUCUGCUACACUCUAUUGCUGCACAGUAUCCAGAUCAUCCAACAAGACAGCAAAAGCAUGAUGCGAAGGAACUGAUGGCCAUCAUUUCUCGACUUUAUCCUUGCAAGGAAUGCGCCGAUCAUUUUAAGGAGGUUUUGAAAGCAAGUCCUGUACAAGCUGGGUCACAAGAGGAAUUUUCUCAGUAUUUAUGCCAUAUACAUAAUGUUGUAAAUAGGAGCCUGGGGAAGGUGACAUUUCCAUGUAAUAGAGUAAAUGCGAGAUGGGGAAAAUUGGACUGCCCUGAACGUAAUUGUGAUCUGCAAGGGACUUAGGAUAUGAACAUUUUCAAUGGUUGAUAAGAAAAACUUUCAUUAGUUAAUGUAAACUAUCAAUGAUGCUACUGUUUAAAUGUUUUGUUUGUGAAGCCAUGAUGUUACUGAUAGAUCAGAACCUAUUCUAUCAUAUUUUCAUUGGUUCUUUAAUCAUUUUCUUUUUGAUUCUUU